GCAUGCAGUGUUCAGAGCAGCGGCGGCCGGGAAGGAUUAGUCGCGCUCGGCUGUCCCAAUUUAUAUAAAUAACGGCGAGGGAAUCCAUACAUAUCAUACUCAUAGCGGAUGUUCACGUGCUCCUGUUGUAGUCCGCUAGUGGAGGGGAGGCAGUGCUCUAUCUAAAGUGCAGUGGCCAUCAUCGUCAGCAGCAGUACCGUGCAGUGGUAGGGAAGUGAAUGGUGGUGGUGGAAAAGUGUGCUUCACCCUAAGAUUGUGGUGGUGGUGGUGGCGGUGGUAGUAGUGGUGGUUAGGGGUGGAAAACGGACCCCUUCUGCUACCCCCCUCCUCCUCCCAUUUAUUUAAAACCUAGUUCUUCCCCCCCAACAAACCCUCAUUCAUUAUACCUGGCUGGUGUCGGUGCACUGAAGGGAGAUACCACUGAUAUUCCGGACCCAGGAACGAAACCCACACUGGGAAGGAUAUUAACACGGAUUUUCUACGAGUAACAAGGAUGGUGGGAGCAUGAGCGUGGCGAGCGUGGCGGCGGCCCCCGGGGGUCCUGGGGGCCGAGGAGCAGCGUGGGUGCGGUGGCGCGCGCCCCACCUGCUGGUGCUGCUGGUGCUGGCGGGUACCGGGUCUGGGGCGACCGGGAGCGGGGCGGGGCGGGGCGGGGCGCUGGCCAGGGAUUCUCUCUUCAUCGUGGAAACGUAUGAAGAUAAACCGUCGCAACAGUUCACCCACCUGACGGUGGACAAGAACACGGGCACGGUGUACGUGGGCGGCGUGAAUCGCCUGUACCAGUUGGACCCCAACCUGCGGCCGCUGCAUACUGUCGUCACCGGGCCCGUCAACGACUCCCUGGAGUGCUCGGCCUCCGCCAGCGACUGUAAGGGCGAGACUGCGGGCACCAUGAAAGCCACCGACAAUGUAAAUAAGGUGCUCGUCAUCGACUACAUCAGGUCGCGGCUGAUCGUGUGCGGCACGGUGCGGCAGGGGUCGUGUCAGGUGCGUGGCCUACACGACAUCAACAUCCACACCCGCAACGUGUCGGAGGCCAUCGUGGCCAACAACGCCACCGCCUCCACCGUGGCCUUCAUUGCGCCCGGUCCGCCCAACCCGCCCGUCACCCACGUGAUGUACAUCGGCGUCACGUACACGGGCAAGUCCGUGUACCGCGACGAGGUGCCGGCCGUGGCCUCACGCUCCCUGGAGGACGACCGCUUCUUUGAAAUCGCGGUGACGGAGGUGACCACCAGCACCCGCAUGCUGGUCAACUCCCUGGCGCGCGAGCGCUACCCAAUCACCUACGUGUACGGCUUCGGCUCCGAGAAGUUCAGCUACUUCCUCACCCGCCAGCUGGAGGACACCUACACGGGCUUCCCCUACAUCAGCAAGCUGGUGCGGGUGUGCCAGAACGAUUCGGCCUACUACAGCUACACCGAGAUCCCCAUCGAGUGCAAGGACUCGCAGGGCAAGCGGUACAACCUGGCGCAGGCGGCCUACGUGGGCAAGCCGGGCACGGACCUGGCCACCCAGCUGGGCAUCCAGACCAACGACGACGUGCUCUUCGCCGUGUUCUCGCCCUCAGACCCCUCAGAAGCAGAGGGCUCGGCGCGCCCUGCCGACGCCUCUGCCCUGUGUGUGUACAGCAUGAAGAGUGUGCGGCGAAUGUUCAUCAACAACAUCCAGGAGUGUUUCAGGGGCAAGGGCGACCGUGGCCUGGACUUCAUCUCGCCCUCGCAUCGCUGCAUAGAGACGAGGAUCAAAGACUUGAAUGAAGACUUCUGUGGAAUGGAUGUGAACACUCCACUUGGGGGAGAGCAACCAGUGGAGGGCCUGGCCAUCCUCACCUUCCCCACAAGACUCACAGCUGUGGCUGCCACCUCCACAGAGGUCUACACUGUUGUCUUCCUUGGCACGGCCCAUGGACAUCUCAAGAAGGUGGUAAUUGAGAACCAGAACAAUGCCUUGGAGUAUGAUGACAUCGUGGUGGACCGAGGCUCUGCUGUGAGGCAGGACAUGUUCUUUGACAAGGGUGGUGACCAUCUCUACGUCAUGACCAGCAACAAGGUCUCAAAGGUGAAGGCCCAAGAGUGCAGCAUCUAUGAGGGGUGCAACCAGUGCUUAGGGGCUCGUGACCCGUACUGUGGGUGGUGCUCACUGGAGAACAAGUGCUCCCUGCGUAGGGAUUGUCGCGAUGCCACUCAGGAUCCUCAGCACUGGGUCAGCUACAAGACAGGCCGCUGCACCACCAUCACUCAGGUCAUGCCAGACAAGCUGCAGCGCACAACGGCCAGAACGCUUUCUCUCAACAUUGACAACCUGCCAUCCGUGGAAGGCUCACUACAGUGUGUGUUUAGUGCCAUGAAUAAAGACCUGACCACUGAUGCCUCACGGACGGCCCAGGGAGUCUCUUGCACCACCCCAAGGAAUGACAUGCUGCCGGACAUCCCUCAGAACCAACAUCACUUCACAGCCAAGCUAUCAGUGCGCAAGUCAGAAGGUCCUGAGUUUGUAUCAACCAACUUCACCUUCUUUGACUGCAACACAUAUAGCUCGUGCACGGAGUGUGUGUCCUCACCUUUUCCCUGUGACUGGUGUGUGGACGGCCAUCGCUGCACUCAUGACUCAGCUGAGAACUGUCGCAACGAUGUCUUGGUUAAUGGCAUCAAUCGUGUGGGUCCCAGCAUCAGGAGUGGACCUGCCUUCUGUCCCCGAAUCAACUUUGUUGAGAGUCAAGAGAUCUUGGUUUCCUCAGGCACAGACAAGUCCAUCAAAGUCAAGGUGGACAACAUUGCGCAAUUCAUCACCCAGACACGAUUUGUGUGUCAAUUCAACAUCGAGGGUCGGGUCACCAGCGUCAGUGCCAACUUGCUAAGUGACACCAUCUACUGUGACCGCAUGGAGUUUGCCUACACCACUGCUGCCCCCUCCACCAAUGCCACCUUUGCUGUUAUCUGGGGUGGCUCCAAGCCUCUCGACAACCCCGAGAACAUUCAUGUGUUGGUGUACCAGUGUCAUCUGAUGGCUGACAACUGUGGCAUGUGUCUGAGCCUGCCAGAGAGGUACCGCUGUGGGUGGUGUCAGUCCACCAGCCGUUGUGAAGUGCAGGACAAGUGUGAUGGAGGCUCCUGGUUGGACCGUAAGCGUACCUGCCCCAUCAUAAAUGUGACAGACUUCUAUCCCAAGAGUGGACCGUGGGAUGGCGGCACCAAUGUCACCAUUGAGGGCAUCAACUUGGGGAAGAAGAUUGAGGACAUCUAUGAAGGCAUCACCGUGGCGGGCAUCACCUGUCAGCCGUACCGCGAGUCUUACGUUAAGACCAAGAGGGUAACGUGCAUGGUGGACUCCCCAGGUGUCAAUGACUUCAAGGAGGGACCGAUUUUGGUGAAGGUGAAGGGCGUUGAUCGUAUCGACAUGGCAGAUGGUUCCUAUAAGAUGGUUGAAAAGGAAUAUCGUGGUGAGAGUAUUGAGAAGUACAAGUUUGUGAACCCUGAGAUCACAGACAUCACACCCUCCUCUGGACCGAGAUCAGGAGGCACACUGCUCCACAUCAUUGGUCAUCACAUGAAUGCUGGGAGUCGUAUUGAGGCCUUCAUCAGUGACCGUCGCUGCAAGAUUCAGAGUGCUAAUGCUACAGUGGCCACUUGUAUCACCUCGGAUGCAUCCACACUGACUGAGGGAAAGAUUGCCAUGAACUUUGACAACGGCCGCCGCCAACUGGAAGGGAAGCUCUUCACUUAUGUAGAAGACCCCAAAAUACACACUGUGAAGAGCGGAAGGGCAGGUCAUCAGGCUGGAAUGCGCAACGGUCCUCGUGGCAUACCGUCGGGCGGCAUCGUCAUCACCGUGGACGGUACCAACUUCAAUGUGAUCAAGGAUCCGAAGAUGUAUGUUGUGUACAAAGGGAAGGAGUUCUCCAGUCCUUGUGAAGUGAAAAACUCAACUCGGAUGGAGUGUCGGUCGCCUGCCAUCUCGGUCUCUGCUAGCGAACGUAUCGACCAUGAAAAUGGAAUGCAGCUGGACUACGGCUUCCUCAUGGACCAUGUGAAGACUGUGCGCAACCUGAACAAAUCCCCAGACUUCCCUGACUUCAGGGUGUUCCCUGACCCACUGUAUCAUUCAUUUGAGGACGCCAACAGUGUGAAGCAGUACAAGUCAGAUUACCUGACCAUCAAUGGGAUAAACUUGGAUCGAGCUUCACAGGAAAUAGAUGUGGAGGUGUUGAUUGGUGCAGAGUCCUGCAAUGUGACCUCCCUCUCCAGGUCACAGCUCACAUGUCGCCCACCAAGAGAACAGCCAGAGCCACUGGAUGGUGACGAUUUGCCCCAAGUAGUGGUGAAAGUUGGCAAUAAUCUCAUGUAUGAAAUUGGAUUCCUGGAGUAUGCAUCUAACACCAACGUGGGAACACUGUCCAAGCAGCUGAUCAUUGGCCUGUCUGUGGGAGCAGUGUUGCUCAUCUUGAUUCUAGUGGUGUGCCUCAUUGUGUACCGCCAGAAAAGCAACCAAAACUCACGUGUCCUUAAGAGCAUGCAGGAACAGAUGGAUGUGUUGGAGCUUCGUGUGGCUGCUGAGUGUAAAGAAGCAUUUGCUGAGUUGCAGACAGAGAUGACUGACCUCACCAGUGACCUGAUUGGUGGUGGCAUUCCCUUCCUUGAUUAUCGCACGUAUGCCAUGAAGAUCCUAUUUCCAAACCUAGAAGAGACCACCGUACUACAGAUGGAUCGUCCUGACUUGGCCCGCAAAGAGAAAGGUCUCAAACUAUUUGGCCAGCUCAUCAUGAACAAAACCUUCUUACUACUUUUCAUACGCACUCUUGAGUCCAACCGUUACUUCUCUAUGAGGGACAGAGUGAAUGUAGCUGCACUCAUCAUGGUGGCAUUGCAGGGCAAGAUGGAAUAUUGUUCUGACAUUCUCAAAACUUUGCUGGCAGAGCUCAUAGAGAAAUGUAUUGAGGGCAAGAUCCAUCCCAAGCUCCUCUUCAGGAGGACUGAGAGUGUGGCAGAGAAGAUGUUGUCGUCCUGGUUCACAUUCCUGCUGUACAAGUUCCUGAAGGAAUGUGCUGGGGAGCCCCUUUACAUGCUGUUCCGGGCCAUCAAGCAGCAGGUUGACAAGGGCCCCGUGGAUGCUGUCACCUCAGAGGCACGUUAUUCCCUGUCUGAGGAGAAGCUCAUCAGACAGAGCAUUGACUUCAAGGAGAUGACUGUGUAUGUGUCCAUGUGCAACUUCUAUGCGGGUGGAGUGGAUGGACCCAUGGAGGGAGGAGAGACACCUGUCAAGGUACUGGACUGUGACACAGUGUCCCAGGUGAAGGAGAAGUCCUUGGACGCCAUCUAUCGCUCUUUCCCGUACUCCCAGCGACCACGCCGGGAGGACCUUGACCUAGAGUGGCGUACAGGAACUUCAGGCCGCCUCAUCCUGUAUGAUGAUGACUCCACAACACGACCUGAUGGAGGCUGGAAGAAGCUCAAUACACUGGCUCACUAUAAUGUGCCAGACAUGGCCCAGCUAACUCUCAUACCCAGGCAGUCCUCAAUAUACAAUUACAUGUCAAUCCUCUCCGACAAGUCUGAUAAAUCCCACAAAUAUGAGACGCUCAACAUGAACAAGUAUGCGUCUGGCAGCCCACCACUAUCUCGCGCUACCUCACCCCUUAACCAUGACAAUGAGGCCGGGGUCAAGGUAGGAGCAAAGGUGUGGCAUCUAGUGAGGCAACAAGAGUCAGAGCAGCGGGAGGGGGAACGCACCAACAAGAUGGUGUCAGAAAUCUACCUCACCCGCCUCCUAUCCACUAAACUAACACUACAAAAGUUUGUCGAUGACCUGUUUGAGACUAUCUUUAGCACGGCUCAUCGUGGCUCAGCGUUGCCAUUGGCCAUUAAAUACAUGUUUGACUUCCUUGAUGACCAAGCUCUCCAGCAUGGCAUUACUGACCCAGAGGUGGUACACACAUGGAAAAGCAACAGCUUACCUCUACGCUUCUGGGUGAAUCUCAUCAAGAAUCCAAACUUUGUAUUCGAUAUCCACAAGUCAAAUAUUGUAGAUGCUUGCCUUUCUGUGGUGGCCCAAACCUUCAUGGAUUCCUGCUCCACCUCAGACCACAGAUUAGGCAAGGACUCCCCAAGCUCCAAGCUCCUUUAUGCCAAGGACAUCCCCAUCUACAAGGAAUGGGUGGAACGUUACUACUCGGACAUCAAAAUCAUGCAGCCCAUCUCAGAUCAAGACAUGAAUGCUAUGUUAGCAGAGGAGUCCAGGAUGCACACCACCGAGUUCAACAGUCUGGCAGCCCUUGCUGAGUUGUAUAACUAUGCCUUCAAGUACAGUGAUCAGCUCAUCCUGACACUGGAGGAGGAUGAAUUCUCCACAAAAAGCCGCCUGGCCUAUCGACUGGAGCAGGUCCACAGCAUCAUGACCACUGACCACGACUGACAGGACGCCCCCCCCGCCCCUGGCCCCGGCCCUGACCAGGCUCAAACCCAGCAGUCCCAACAGCAAAGGGGUCCCUCCUCUGGUACUGCAGCCCCUGGCUCCUAUUCACCUCCUGGCCCAUAUGGGGGCUCUCCACCACAUCAUGUGUACCCUGGAGGUGGCAAUUAUGGUGUGUCACCUCCCCAGUCUGCUGUGUAUGAGGGGCAGCUGGAGACCGUGUUUACUUAUCGUGGCCAAGAAGGUGGCCCAGGGGGUCCGGGGGGCCCAGGUGGUGUAGAUGGCAGUGUGUAUGGCCUGUAUGGAGUGCCCCAGCAUGCCAGACUCUCCCCAGGAGCCUAUGGUUCAGCCCAGUUUCCUGGCCGGGGUGCUCCUCAAGUGUAUGAGUUUGAAUAUGAGGAGCCCAGGUUCACCUGAGGCUCCGCCCCAUCAGGAGGAAGGUUUGUCUCUGCUCAAAAAGGGUGUGUGGGCGGUGUGUCGGGGCCAGCAGAAGAGGCCCACCCCACACCCCGUCCUGCCCUGGGGCCGGCAUAAAGUAGAGCCCCACAAUGAACCUAUUAGUGGUGCGCUGCAGUGAGCAUAGUGGUGCCAGGAGUGUGUCAAGUGGUGCCCUGGACAGUGUGUUGAGUGGUAACCUGUGCAAGCAUCUGUUGGUGCCCCGGAAGAAGCUUAGUAUUGCUCCGAAAUGAGCAUGCAGUGGUGCCCUGGAGGAAGCACUGGUGUUGUGCUCCACAGGAAGCUUAGUGGUGCCCUGGAGUGAGCAACGAAUAUGUGUCGCAGGAACAAGUUAGGGAUGAGUGGAACAGAAGCAGCAAGACAAUUUUUUUCUUCUCUCACACAAAUUAUGCACAACAGUACACCCCUCCCAACCCCUCCCUGCCACCUCAGUGCACCAAGACAAGAGUCUCAUGGCAGUAUAGGAUCAGGAAGCAAACUUUAAAUGGCAUUUUUUUCUAUACUUUUGUAUUUAACUCAUUAGACAUUGAGAAGAAUUAAUUAUUGAACUUGGUGCUUAUAUCCCCUUCUUCCUUAUGUUUGUGUGUAUGUAUGUGUGAUUGUUGUGUGUGAGUAUGCAUUUGUGCGUGAGCUUGCAUGCAUGCAUCCGUGCAUGUUCAUAAGUGCAUACUUAUAUGUGCUUACUGACAUGAAUACAUGCAUGCUUGUCUGCAUGUGUGGUCACCACUAGAUCUGCCCCAGAAUGAGAACCAAGUCUCUAUGUUAGUCAAGAAGUCAAUUGUGUACGUAUGUCAGAUCUAAUGUAAAGAUUCAUUGCUUUAAAUCAUCACAAUGUAAUUAGCUGCUAUUCUGGGUUAAUUUUUAGGUAUUAUCCAUUUUGUCUUCCACCAAGGACUGACUGUAGUAGCCAUAGGGGCAACAAAACAGAUGCCUGGCAUGGUCCAGGCAGCAGAGUGAAGGAGUGAGAGAGCAUGAAUGUCAAUGGGGAGUUCAGCGUGCCACAUUUUAUUACCCCAUCAGUGAGUCAAUAUUUUGCACUUGUAAAUUUUGAAUUUCCAUAUGUGAUAUUUUUAAUUAAUCCAUUAUCAAGAUUGCUUCUGUGUGAGUUCUCCCUCACCUGUCUCCCUCCCCCACCUUCCCAAUAACCACAACACUGACCACCACUCCCACCAACACCACCACCACAACAACAACAACAACAACAACAAUAAUGUCACCAUCACCGCCGCCACCACAGGAGUCGGGCUUCACGCCAAUUCUCAGACGUCAUGGAAACACCUGUUCUCCUACAGUGGAACAGCCAGACGAUCUUCAAGCCACCUCAUCCUCCUGAGGGAACCAAGCCGCCACAAUAAGCUCUCAUCACACCAGGUGGAGGAGGCUACCCUCUAUCUGGCCCCCUAGAAAGUGGCUGGAGGACCUCACCGCCGGGAGUGAAGUGUGCGUCAUCCUCACCUAUUCAGACACCAAACUCAGUAGCAGCAGCAGCAGCAGCAGGAGAAGGAGGAGGAGGAAGCCAGACUGUAGCAUUUACUUGGACACUGUUGAAGCUGUUUUCACUGUACCCUGUAAACCCCACCUCCCAUCAUCCCUGCCUCACAUCCCCCAUCAGAGCCUCCCAGGCCCCCCCCUCCUCAUCCCACUGCCCCUACAGCAUUUAUUCAAGAGCGGGACUGACUAUAGCAAACCAUUUACUGCGCUCGAAAUAAUAUUAAUAAUGUUAUUAAUAAUAAUAAUAAUAAUAAUAAUAGGCUUCUGUCUGUCCGAGGUAACACUUCUCCUGUCCUGACCGCAUCAUCAUCGCCAUCAUCACUUUGAGCUGCUCUGUUGCGCUAAAAACCAUAAAAAAAUAAUAAAUAAUAAAUAAUAAUAAUAAUAAUAAAAACUUUUCAGAUGUUUCAAGUUUCAUGUGAUAUUUCUGUGUACGAAAUGUGUGUGCGCGUGCGUGUGUGCGCCAACUGUUACUGCCAUGUGUGUGCGUGUGUGCGCGCGUAAGAAAACAAAGAAGGAGCAGCAGGAGGGAGCAAUGUGCGUGUAUUGUCUUGGUGUUCAAUGGACCUCUUCUAAGCUUCUUUUUUGACGUUGGGUUGCCUGCAUGGAGAAGAGAAACGUAAUCAAUUCCCCUGCCCGCCCCGCCCGCCCCCAAGAGGUUUGGUUCUCACACGUGCGUUGCCGUGACCCUCGGGAUGCACUGCAGGAGCCUCAGUCCCGUGGCGGCUCGGAGGCCACGGCUGGACGGAGAAGUUUUUGUGUCCUUUUUUCAGAUGUCGUCUCGGUGUCGGGUGUGUAGGGAGGAGGUGUGUGUGUGCCAAUUCCAGGGCCAAGCUGAUGCCUUUAGCCCCUUUUUUUCUGUAAUUUUGUUUUUUAUAUUACAUGUAAUUUUGCAGGUCUUUUGUUAACCUGUUGGCAUCAUCCUACUUGGUGCAGAUUGUCAAGGCAAGAAACUUUGUGAUGGUAGUUUAGCCCCAAGUUUUUGAUGACUUUUUAACAAUAAAUUUUGAAGUUGUCUGCCACAUUUUUUUUUUUUUUUUUUUUUUUUUUUAUCAUUAUUAUUGUUCAUAUAACUAUUAUUUUCAUGCAAGAGGAGAAAAUUUUCAUGCACAACAUUUUGACACAAAGUACUUAUGGCACAGUUUUUUGUAUAGAUGAAGUAGCGCACAUGACUGCAGCAACAUAGCAGAUCUACUGCAUGCACUGCAUUUUUAACUCAAGUAUAUAAACAUUGUUACAUGAUCCUCAUAAGGCACAAAUCACAUAGUAUUGCCAAACCUCAAUCCCAGACUUGGCAAAAGCUUUCUGUUGGGUGGGAUGCAUACUCAUUGAUGAGCCAGUGGUGGGAGUGAGUGUGUGUGUGUGCUUCAAAUCACCAUCACAUCACUAACAUAGGAAAUUUUAUUUCUGAUGUAGUCAGAAUGCAUUAUGUAAAUGGAACAUCUGGUAAAUAACAUUCAAGCAGUAUUGAGUUACCUACUAUAAGCAAAGGAAAUGCUGUCAUCAUGGACAAAUACUGUGAUGAUUGUCAAGUCAUAUUAUCAAGUUUAGUACAAACUGUUAAGUGUUGUUCCCACUGUCAUGACUAUUUUAAAUGAGCAUUCUCUUUUAUCAUUUUUCUGCUGAUUUUAUCAGUAUUGAUGGCAGAUGUAACCUUUUGAUGGAUCAAAGACAAAAAUGUAACUACAUAUGUAUUGUAAUAGGGGUAAAAGUGACAAUCUUCCACAUCAACAAAAAAGGCAUCAGCUUCCCUGCCUGUAGUCUUCACGUCCAAUACUUCGCCUGUGAGAGGUGAGCCCAGAAGAGACAGAGAGAGUAAGGGAGAGAUAGAGAUCAAGUGUGUGUGUGUGUGUGUGUUUGAGAGAGAGAGAGAGAGAGAGAGAGAGAGAGAGAGAAAGGCGCUAACAUUUUGAAAUUAUGAUUCCUUUAUCAUUUCAAAUUUUUUUUUAAAAGCUGUGUGUGCUGCACUUGUGUAUAUUAAUGAUUUCCUGUAUAGUUCCUUUGUAUUAUAUUAGUACUUGUAAGAAAGAAGAAGAAGAAAGUCCCCAUUUGAUACAAUCAUUACUGGUAUUAAUUAUUAAACUUAAAAAUACAAGUAAUACGAUGUUAAUAUACAAAUUCUAUCACUGUAAUAAGGAGCAACACUGUACAUACGGAGGGACGAUGCCGGCUGGCGGACUCUUCAUUAUCUCUCUGUAUUACACAUUCUGGGGCCGAUACCAGGAAGUUGUUGUUUUUAGAUUCCUGUUGUAAUUUAUAUUUUUACAGUUAUUAUUAGUGCUCUUUUGCUGUUCUGGACUUGUGUGUGACGACAUCUUUGUGGCUGAGUGAGACAUUGACUUUGUUUUAAUACUCAGAAGUUCCUGAUUUUUUUUUAUUGGAGGUGUGUAAUAAAAGAUAGUUGUAAUUAAUUUUUAUGUGUUAUAAAGAAUGCAAAUUUAAAGUUUUUAUUCCUACGUUUAUAAUUCCAUUAUCCACUAGUAGAAAUUUUACUUUAGACAAACAGACUCCACAUGGAUACAAUUGAUUUGUGUGUUGUGUCCCUUUGUAUACAUAUACCUAUAUACAUAUACAUAUAUAUUCUGCAAUAUUUUCCCCACGACGAGUUGCUGGAACACUGGUGACUCACUCGGCCUCUCGUCACAUCCCGCCCUGGUCUAGUCUAUCGCCGCCGGCCGCCCUCUGCUCCCCUCCCCGCCUCCCACUGUACAUCAGGCACCAUGUUAUGUGUAUGUCGAGUAUGUGUUUCAUAUAAAUGGAUAAAUAAAUUUUUUCACUGUAAAGA